UUUCUUAUUGCCCUCAUUCGAUCUAACAACCGACCCAAAUUUAUCGAGCCUCAAAACGAGAACCAAAAGCUCUGGAAUCCAACCAACGAGAUCGCCGGAGUUGCCGUGAAGCUCAUCCCAUCACUGCCGAUGGAGAAGGACCUGGUGGCCCGCCUGGAGGCGGCCGUGGCGCGGCUUGAGGCUCUCCCCGUCGCCGGAUUCCAUGCUGGCAUCUCGCCAUCAGGUGCCGCUGAAGCGCAGCCUGUAGAUCCAGCUAUCUUGGCGUUUGAUGAGCUUGCUGCAAAGUUCCUCGGUAGAGUCUCUGCUGCUGCGGAGAAGAUCGGGGGAAAGGUCCUCGAAGCCACGAGGAUACUUGAAGAGGCGUUCGCUGUAAAGAGGGACCUCCUCAUCAAGGCUAAACAGUCUCAGAAGCCUAGUCUUGAGAACUUAGCUGAAUUCUUGAAGCCAUUGAAUGAAGUGAUCCUUAAAGCAAGUGCAUUAACCGAAGGAAGGAGGACUGAUGCUUUCAACCAUCAGAAGUCCAUUGCUGACAGUCUCACAGCUUUGGCAUGGAUUGCAUAUUCAGGAAAGGAUUGUGGUAUGAGUCUUCCAAUUUCCCAUGUGGAGGAAAGUUGGCAGAUGGCUGAAUUCUACAACAACAAGGUUCUUGUGGAGUACAGAAAUAAGGAUCCAGAUCAUGUAGAAUGGGCAAAAGCUUUAAAGGAACUCUAUCUUCCCGGUUUACGGGAUUAUGUCAAGGGAUUUUAUCCUCUGGGUCCUGUUUGGGCUUCUGCAGGAGUAGCUGUUUCCACCUCAUCCACCAGUGCUGGCAUGUCAAAGCCACCCUCAACAAAGGCUCCAGCCCCCCCACCUCCACCCUCAGCUUCACUUUUCAGCUCUGAGACAGCAUCAUCACGGCCCAAAGAAGGAAUGUCUGCUGUAUUUCAGGAAAUUAGCUCAGGGAAGUCAGUGGCUGGUGGUUUAAGGAAGGUAACUGAUGACAUGAAGACAAAGAAUAGAACUGAUAGGACCAGUAUUGUUGGUGCAUCUGAAAAAGAACCUCGCGCCAGUUCCUCUGCCUUUUCUAAAGCAGGCCCUCCCAAGUUAGAGCUUCAAAUGGGACGCAAGUGGGCAGUUGAAAACCAGAUUGGAAAGAAACACUUGGUUAUCGAUGAUUGUGAUUCCAAACAGUCUGUGUACAUAUUUGGGUGCAAGGAUUCUGUUUUACAAGUCAAAGGAAAGGUGAACAACAUAACUGUUGAUAAGUGCAGCAAAAUGGGAAUUGUGUUCACGGAUGUUGUUGCAGCUUGUGAGAUUGUGAACUGCAAUGGAGUUGAAGUGCAAUGCCAGGGCUCAGCACCAACAAUAUCAAUAGACAACACAGCAGGUUGCCAACUAUAUUUAAGCAAAGGUUCACUGGAGGCUUCAAUUACCACCGCUAAAUCAAGUGAGAUAAAUGUACUUGUUCCUGGAGCUAGUUCUGAUGAUGACUGGGUGGAGCAUGCAUUGCCUCAACAGUUUGUUCACACUUUCAAGGAUGGCCAUUUCGUGACCUCUCCGGUCUCUCACUCAGGAGGGUAAUUGAGUUGAUUUUGCAUAUGCUAGCUUCCGACUAAUAUUGUAGCCUUGCAGUAAGUCGGAGGUUAAGAAGAGCCAGUGUGUUAUGGUAAUGUAAGUUUUGUUCCAAAAUUUCCUUGCUGCACCUCGCACAUCCCAGACAGGAAUCCUUUUUAUAUUUGUGAGCUAUUCUUGUGUGUUAUUCUUCUGAUUGUGGAUCAGAAUUUUGGUCUGUUCCUUUGCUUCUCCAGGGGCAUGGUGUUUGUUAUCUUCUUUGUUUUUUUAUGCGUGUAAUUUCAGUGUUAUAUACCUUUAUUUUUAUGCUGGUAAUUUCAAUGUUAUAUACCUUUGAUUUUUAUGCUGGUAAUUCCAGUGUUAUUUCA